ACCUCCCUCCCUCCCUCCCAUCCGCCCUGCUCCUGUCUCUGUCACUCACACAGCCGGCGGUGGGCUGGGCAGCCAUGGCGCCAGUGCUCAUCUGGAUUCCUCUUGUGGGUCUCCUGACAGGGCUGGGAAGCAUCGAGGCCCAGCAGACCACCCUACACCCGCUUGUGGGCCGCGUCUUUGUGCACACCUUGAACCAUGAAACCUUCCAGCACCUUCCUGAGCACGUCGCUGUCCCACCCACCGUCCCUAUCACCUACCACGCCCACCUUCAGGGACACCCAGACCUGCCCCGGUGGCUCCGCUACACCCAGCGCAGCCCUCACCACCCUGGUUUCCUUUAUGGCACCCCUACCCCAGAAGAUCGUGGACGCCACGUCAUCGAGGUACCAGCAGGGACCCCAGUGGGCUGUGUUACAUGUGGGUGCUCACUCAUGUUCAUUUACGUCAUAGCCUACAAUCGAGACAGCUUCAACAUCACCCAGCAGAGGCUGGUGCUGUUGACUGGCAACCCAGAAGGCCCCCUGCUGCCAUACCAGGCUGAAUUCCUGGUGUGCAGUCAUGAUGUAGAGGAGGUGCUUCCCUCGGCACCUGCCAGUCGCUUCCUCACAGCCUUGAGGGGGCUCUGGGAGCCGGGGGAGCUCCAGCUGCUCAAUAUCACCUCUGCCUUGGACCGUGGGGGCCGCGUCCCUCUUCCCAUUGAGGGCCGUAAGGAAGGGGUGUACAUCAAGGUGGGCUCCGCCUCACCCUUUUCCACCUGCCUGAAGAUGGUGGCAUCCCCUGACAGCCACGCUCGCUGUGCCCAGGGCCAACCUCCGCUCCUGUCCUGCUAUGACACCUUAGCACCUCAUUUCCGAGUGGACUGGUGCAAUGUGUCCCUGAUGUCACCUAGCAAAUCUGCCUGUGAUAAGGAACAGAUAGCCGUCACGCCCAUGCUCACUACGGCUCUUGGGGAUAUUGAGCAGAGCCGCUCCUGGGUCAGCCCUGGGCUCUCUGAGCAGGUGGAUAAAUCAGUGCCAGAGCCCGCAGAUGAGCUACCCACCCCGGGCGAUGGCAUCCUGGAGCACGACCCAUUCUUCUGCCCACCCACUGAGGCUGCAGCCCGAGAUUUCCUCACCGAUGCGCUAGUUACCCUCCUCGUGCCCCUGCUGCUGGCCCUGCUGCUGGCCCUGCUGCUGGCCUACAUCAUGUGCUGCCGGCGGGAGGGACGGCUGAAGAGAGACCUGGCCACUUCUGAUAUUCAGAUGGUACACCACUGCACCAUCCACGGGAACACACAGGAGCUGCGGCACAUGGCAGCCAGCCGGCAGGUGCCCCGGCCCCUCUCCACGCUGCCCAUGUUCAACGUGCGCACAGGCGAGCGGCUGCCUCCCCAGGUGGAUGGUGCCCAGGUGCCCCUCAUCCUGGACCAGCACUGAGAUCCUGCCCAGUUCGAGUCCUGGCCUCAUCCUCCCUCUCUGCCCAUACAUGGAGCAGCCGCGACCCACAGCCACAUCCUUCCUCCUGAUUCCAGUUCCCGGCCCAGUGGUCCCCAGACCUGGAAUAAGCAGAGAGAUGGGGAUGGGGUGAGGGUGUCUGGGCCCAGGACUCCUGAGUAAAUAAAUACCUGCCACUCUG